AUGGAACAAGCUAGGAAGAAUAGACUGAUAAAGACAAUCGUACUGGUGACAUUUGUAACAAUCUCGUUGAUUUUUGUUACCGUAGUAACAACAUUAUUGAUAAUAGGUCAUAAAAAGAUUAAACACGUUUCAAGUAAAAAAACAACCCCGAAGUCAACUACAACAAAAGCAGAAACCCCAAAGCCUGCUACGCCUGUAGAUCCUGAUGAUCUCAAACAUUAUAGCAACUUCAUUAUUAUUGCAAAGAAGAUUGAGGAGUUGAUCAAUAUUUCUGAUGAUGAAAUAAUGGACUACAUGGAGACUAAAAAAUUCAAUUUGGAGUAUAUUGUGCAUAAAACAAUGAUAUUUGUGAAAGAUGAUUUGUGCCUGAAGAUCAGUAGACCACUGAUAUCAGUUAUUGGCAAAAUUGAUUGUGAAACCAUUAAAGACUUGAAGCAUCCCAACAUAAUUGAAACAUAUCAGUAUUACACAUUCAUUACGAACAAACCAGAUAUAGAAAAACAAUAUGUUGUUGAUAUUAUGCUGACUGAAAAAUUAAGUCCAUUUGAUAAGGGAAAAGGUGAUUUCAAAUACAUACAAAUGGUUAUGAAGGAUGUUUUGGAAGGCCUGGCCUAUUUACAGACUAAACGAAUUGUUCAUUGUGAUAUUAGAGUAGAUAACCUGAUGCAAAAAUGGGAUGGUACAAGAAACGUAAUCAAAAUCAUUGACUUUGAUAUAUCUAUAGUGCUGCCUAAGGGAGAAACAAGAACUUAUACACUGCUCGACAUAAAUAUAGAGAAUCAUGUAAACGCAAAACACAUGUAUUCAGGACAGAUGAAAGGUGUCUUCGUUACCAUGUUUCAGGUAACAUUUAUUAAUAUCGUAUUGUCUUUUGAUGCCAUACUAUUAUUGAUAUUAUACCUUACAAAAAAAUAUUUUUGA